AUGGUCAGCAUCUUUCUCUCUCGCCUUCUCUUCUCUUGCAGGAUACGAGCCAAGGGACGAAAAUACUUCAAGAGCCAUGCGGAUCUCGAUUGGAGAUUCAUUUAUAAGAAGGAUGAUAAAUGUCGGACCCCGACAAAGCUGCAGGGCCGUUUCGUGUUACUGCUCCCCAAUAUCGAAGGACUGCUGGCUAUUCAUUGGAUAGCACGGCGUACGGGGCCCCGACGGCGUCGACAUCUCUGGACCCAUCCCGGUUCGAGGCUGAAGUGUCGGCAAAACUGUCUGUUCAUCGGGAUUGACAAUGCACGAGAGAUGUCUGGACAGCAAUUCUCGCCCAGGAUAGCUACCCUCGCUACGGGGAAGCCAGAGGAGAAUAAAAUGCGGCUAGAGGAGACCUGGCUGAGACGGCUGGCAGAGAAGAGAAGAAUUUACCGGAGAAGCCAACACCAUCUCGAAACGCCCUUUACCACAGCUGCUAUUGGCACUGAUGUCGCAUUCUGGCGGUCGUAUAUCGCGUCCCGCCCGACGCCCCCUGAAGACUUCUUCCAGUUCAUCAACGCCUACCACGCGAGCCACGGCGAUUCCACCUCUGCAGGGACUCCUGGGGAACCCUUCCACAGACGCGGUGCAGAGGGGUUGUCGAGCUACCUAGACAACAUAGCGGUCCCCGCAGCGGAGUGGGAGAAUGUGCAGCGACACAAGUGGAAUUGCGGCCACCCGCUGCUCUUCAACAGCACGGAGGGGUUUGAUUUCGAAGUGGUGCCCGUGGACCGACGGGCUGAGGGAGAGAAGACGACAGAGGUGAUUGAUCGCGAGUUCUGGGCGGAAGAAUGGGACGUCGAGCGCACCAAGGCCUACAUAGACUCAGUCUACCCCAACUACCGCACCGCGGCAGGGGAGAGGUACGCAGAGCUCGAGGCGAUGCUUGAGGAGCUGCGGGAGGCGAUGGGCGGCGGAAACUCCAGGAGAAAGGUCAGCUUCCCCGUCGUGCUGAUUCUCGCGACGAGGAAGUAA